UCUUUGGCGAGUUCGGAACGUUGCGGCAGCGCUUUUCGGCCACGCUUCUCAAACCUCUGCUUUCGUUAAAAAAUAAACGGAUCUCAACCGAUUUCGCCUGCGAAAAAAUGCCUGGUACCUCGUAUCCCACGAAUAAUGAUAAUUUCAGCAACGGAUUUCCGAUGGCCACCACGCAAAGUGAGCGGUUGCUGCAGGCCCAGAAUCGGAGAAAAUUCAGCUUUCCCGCCACACUGCAUUCCGCAUCGCUCUUGGAAGUGGGUGGUGGCCCAAAGGAGACCACCCGGAGGAGAUUGAGCAACGUGAGCGAUGCGGUCACCAGGAAGUUGUCCUAUACGAUUGGUUGGAAAGCCGCCCAGAUUCCAGCGCAGGACAUCAUCACACAGGGUCGUUGCCUCUGCGGUCACUAUAUCAAGCGACGUCUGAGAAGAUCGGGAUUGUUCAAUAAAAAGCUGGGAUUACAACGCAUACGUAGCAUUCUAGGAUCCACCUCCAUGGGCAUAGUGCGGGAUGUAUUUCCAGCUGUUCAAGUGUUGGGCGACGAAUUAGAGCGCAUGCACCCGCGAGUUUACAACGGAGUCGCUCGUCAGAUUUGCCGGAGUCCUGGCGGAGAGUUCCACACUCCGGAUGCCGUGAGCCUGCUCCUGGGAGCCGUGGGUCGAGAGCUCUUCCGGGUGGAGAUCACCUGGAGCAAGGUGAUCUCGUUGUUUGCCAUCGCCGGCGGACUGUCGGUGGAUUGUGUGCGCCAAGGACACCCGGAAUACCUGCCCAAGUUGAUGGAGAGCGUUUCGGAGGUGAUCGAGGACGAGCUGGUGCCCUGGAUCAACGAGAACGGCGGUUGGAGCGGCAUCAACACACACGUUUUACCCACUAGCAACAGCCUAAAUCCUCUGGAGUGGACCACGCUGGUCAUAGGAGUAAUUUUUGGCUUGAUUCUAGUUUUUAUGGUUUUACGAUUCAUAAUUAACACGAUAAUACCGAAAAUAUACCAACGAUUUACGAACUGAA